AUCAGGCCUUGUCAAAAAAAAAUUAACAUGGAACAGGCCUGGAAAUGCGUGCUCCUAGGUCCAGGCCGGUUUUGACCAGUUUGGUUCCGACUUGGAAUUGCCUGUGGCCAGGAGACCCAGGACUAAGCCUAGCCAACCUUAAAGAAAUUUUAAGAAAAAUACAAACAGAGUAUUUCAAAUGCAGCCUGCAGUAACAUAUGCAUCAUCGCUCAUGUUUUGUACUUUUUCUUUUAAAAAAGAAAUAAUUAAUCUAGAAAACUUAAAUGCAAAUGAAGAAUUGUCCAUUUAUUACUUUAUAAUCUAAGAUUAGCUACCAAAGAUUUAAUUUAGGAGACGCAAUGAAGAAUAACGCUACUACAACCAUAGAGAGUCUUCCAAGAGAGAUAGUGGUUGACAUACUUUCAAGAAUACCCACACCAUCUUUACUCUCCGUUAAGCUCGUUUGUCGAUCAUGGCGUAACAUAGCAGAACACCCACUUUUUGUUGAUCUUCAUUUUAGCCGUAAAACCGAAAACAACCCGUGUCUCAUCUUACACUGUGAUCAUUCCCUAAAAAACCAGCUUCAUGCUUUAUUCUUAUAUCCUCACAACAGAAACACCGAAGUCGGAUUGGUCAAGAAAAUCCAAGUCCCUGUCAUGCCCGAAUUUGAUAUUGUCGGUUCUUGUAAUGGUUGGCUUUGUUUAUUCGAAUCUUUAUAUAAAAUGAAGUUGUUUAUGUUCAAUCCUUUCACUAACUCAUGCAUGGAGUUUCCAAUCUCCACUCUUCCUACAGAAAUGUGGACGGUAUUUGGGUUUGGAUUCCAUCCGAUCACAAAUGAGUAUAAAGUGCUUAAAUUCUCGUCCAUUCAAAGAACGGGUCGCUUUAGAUCUUAUGGAUCUAGUUCUAGGUCAGAAGUUCAAAUCCUAACCGUAGGUAACCUUAGUUGGCGAAGUUUAGGCAAAAUACCUUAUUAUCCAAUUCAACCAGCGUCACAAGUUUUCACUAACGGAAGGCUUCAUUGGGUUAAUUGGCCGUCAAGAUACAAGCCAGGUCGUGAGCUCAUUUCUUUCGAUUUAGCCGAUGAGACUUUCCGAGAAGUGUUAAGACCUGACUCGGUUACGAGAGAAUGGGGUAACUACACGCUGAUGGUUAUACGAGGAUGUCUUAGUGCUGCUAUUAAUAAGCAUUAUGGGUCAUUUGAUGUGUGGAUUAUGAUGGAUUAUGGUGUGAAAGAGUCUUGGAUUAAACAAUUUAGCAUCGGCGUUUACUUGCCGAAAGGGUUAGAACAAGAUAUCGAUCGUUCUUUUAGAGUUUCAAAAUUUUAUAAACGAUCAUUUACACGAAUACUAUGUGGUUUGAAAAAUGGUGAGAUUUUGAUGGAGUAUAGGAGUAGAGCUCUGGUUUGUUAUGAUCCAAGAAAUGAAACUUUCAAGGACAUUAUAAUUCCAGGAAUUCCAAAUUGGUUCGAAUCAGUUGUUCAUGUGGGUAAUCUUGAUGGGGUUGACACAAAUUUUAGUGUUUAAUUAAUGGCCGAAGAUAAUAUGUUUGUAAUUUUCUAGGAUAUAUUUUAUUUUCUUGGUUUUUCUUCUGCUUUAUGUCUUACACAUCACUUAAGCAUUUAUCUUAAUUGGUCUUUAUUUA